CCUCUCGAUGGUAGCGCCGGGAUAAACUGAAAAGCCGGCGGCCAAGACAGCUCUGAACCCAGUGGAGGAGAGUUCACGCUAAAGACCAUAGGAAUGGAGACAAAUUACAAACGGAGUUUGGAGACCUGAAGGGUUUGUUGAAUUGUUCCAAAUAUGAAGAACCGUAGGCAGUGUCAGCAUAUGACCUGCUAGAGAGAGAUCUCUAGUCAAAAUCAAAAAGAGGAAAUUUGCUAAAAUCAAGAAUGAUGGAUCCAUGUUCAGUUGGAGUCCAGCUUCGUACAACAAAUGAGUGUCAUAAAACCUACUAUACACGUCACACAGGUUUCAAGACUUUGCAAGAAUUGUCGUCAAAUGACAUGCUUUUACUUCAGCUUAGAACUGGAAUGACACUUUCUGGGAACAAUACAAUUUGUUUCCAUCAUGCAAAAAUUUACAUAGACAGAUUUGAGGAUUUGCAGAAGUCAUGUUGUGACCCAUUUAACAUACACAAGAAACUAGCCAAAAAAAAUUUACAUGUAAUUGACUUAGAUGAUGCCACUUUUCUGAGUGCAAAAUUUGGAAGACAGCUUGUACCUGGUUGGAAACUUUGUCCAAAAUGUACACAGAUAAUCAAUGGAAGUGUGGAUGUUGAUUCUGAAGACCGGCAGAGAAGAAAACCUGAUUCAGAUGGAAGAACUGCUAAGGCUUUGAGGUCAUUACAAUUUGCAAACCCGGGAAAACAAACUGAAUUUGCUCCAGAAACUGGUAAAAGAGAAAAAAGAAGGCUUACAAAAAAUGCAACUGCUGGUUCAGACAGACAAGUGAUCCCAGCGAAGAGUAAGGUCUAUGAUAGCCAGGGUCUCCUCAUUUUCAGUGGAAUGGACCUCUGCGACUGCCUCGAUGAAGACUGCUUAGGAUGUUUCUAUGCUUGUCCUGCCUGUGGUUCUACCAAAUGUGGAGCCGAAUGCCGCUGUGACCGCAAGUGGCUGUAUGAGCAGAUUGAAAUCGAAGGAGGAGAAAUAAUUCAUAACAAACAUGCUGGAUAACUUGUGGUAUUAAAUUAGGGGAUCUUUAAAGGUCCCUUCUCUAUAUCUAGAAUUUUUUUAUUCUAAGACACAUUUUAAAGUUGAUUGCCAAAUGACGAAAAUUUGAAAACCAUCUCAACAUGCACUCCAUGUGCACUAAUGUUGCUUGUAGAGUGCUUUAAGAGUCAUUAUUUGGUAUAAAUUUAGAUGGGCUAUUUAUUACUCAGUCAGCUUUAAGCCUGUCCAUGUCCACAUAAACAAGUAGUGUAUAGGCAGUCCUUGAUUUGCACAGUUCCCAUGUCCACAGAUUUCAGUGACAAUGACUUAGAUAAACUAGUUCCCUAACAGCA